AUGGCAGCGGCGGCGGCCAGCUGCCCAUGCGUCUGCACCCCACUGCCGGCUCCCGCGGCGGCGGCCCUCGGGCCGCACCCCACGGCCGGCUCCGCGGCGCCAGCCCUUGCACCGCACCCCACGGCCGGCUCCCGGCCAGCUUCUGCGCCCUCCGGGGGCAUUCCGUCGAACGGGCUACCUGCACAUACAAGAACCAAGAACAAGAUUCGCAUCCAACAACAAGAAGAAGAGGCCGCAAGAGAAUCUUGCAGGCGAUGCAGCGGUCGAGCGGAAGAACCAGUGCAAGAACUAACCGAGAGGUCGAUGGGUCUCGCCGGAUCGAUCGAUGUGCCGAGUGGGUUCUUGAAGCCUCAAGCUCCUGCUGCCGUGCGGCCCUCGCGCUCCCCCACGGCGGACCCCCCGGCGAGCGCCCCGCAGCAGCGGGGCCCGCAGCGGCGCCCGGCGGCGGCGCCCGGCAGCGGCCAGCGCGCCCUGCAGCGGCGGCCGGCGACGGCCAGCGCGCCCCGCAGCGGGGGCCGGCGCGGCCCGCAGUAG